AUGGAGCCCGUGGUGUAUGAGGAGACUCCGUUCGCCGACUACCUCAGAGAUGGGGGAGAUGAGCCCCAGGCUGACUGGGCGCCCGGUGCAGUAACGCCCGAACUUGAUUCAUCCGCUGGUCGAUCAAGCCCAUCACCGCCAUCCAGUCCAUCACCUUUCGCACCCACCGGCCGACCUUUAGUUAAACCAAGAUUCCGAAAUAAGGCUCCGAAUGGGCUUCAUUUACAAGUUCCUAAGCCCUCCUCAUUGCGAUCUGCUAGCAGGAAAUAUUCAGCUGCGGUUGCAGCGAGUAUCGACCGAGCUGACAACGCCAAAUUUCUCGAACAAUUCCGAUAUACAAUCAUUGCGUCUCAGCUUUUAAGUGGCCAUUCGGGCCUGGGGCAGUCGCAGCUAGAUAAUAGGGGACCUAGCCCGCCAACGAACGAAGACGAAUCCCUAUUGUCCACGGAAGGAAUUCUGGCAUCAGUUCUUGCCGCUCUUGCGGUCGCGGUUGUUCUGAGUUGGGUACUUGGAAGUGGUGUUACCAAGAAGAGGCUGGUCUUUCUUCUCGUGCUUUGCGCAGCGGCCGUCCUGCUGGGCCAGGUUUACAUGAAACGACAAUGGCUCCGGUAUCGAAGAUCGCAAUCGCUGUCUGAAAUCACGUCUUUCGUGGAAAACUCACACAACUUCGACAGUGCGUCAGGUGCAGCUGUCUCUCUUAUACAAGAAGUCGAGUUAGUGUCUCGAGGUUACAGACUCAGCGCUCCCCUUCCACCAAUCAGCCGUAUAGAAGACCGUACCCAAACCCGGCGUUGUGUCAGACUGCGCAAAGCCCUGAGACAUUCUUUCCAAGAGGUUCUUGAUUCCUACAACCAGGUUUGUACAGUUGUCAACGGAUUCGCAGAGCAAACAGACUUGGAAAAAUAUUAUGAUAUAUACGACAUUACCGAUUUCGACAUGUCAGACGCUCGUCAAGGACUAAGUGAUGAGGAUCUGGACGAUCCUGAAUCCUUGAGAACCCUGAAAAUCCUGGCUGCUCGAUUCUCCACCAUACGUAAAUUAUUCCUUUGCGCACUGCUUGCUCUGGAUGCCAACAGUGACGCAAAUGAUCUGCUUCGUUGGACAACGGCCGUAGAGUCUCUUUUGAGUGUGAACAGCUCAACUCAAAUUGCCCAUGCUAGGAUACAGAGCAUUCUCAGCGAGCAAGACACUUUUCCGUCCUCCCCUACACCAAAGAAUGCCCUGACGCCUGGGCGGGAGCGCUGGAGGGCUCAACUUCGGAAACUUAAUUCACUAUCAAGCGGAAUCAGGGGUCUACAGGCAAAGCUGCAGCUGCUUCGUGAAGAAUCUGACAGAACUCUGAACGAUUCGAACGACAUUUCGGAGCUCGGUCCGAAUCUAAUGGCACAAUAUGAGUCCAUCGGCCUGGAUCUGAAAGACCUGAUGACCGCAUGGGAAGAGGGCAGGGCUGCUUUGGCACUCGGCAUCGAUAGAAACGAGAAGAGGCUUUCAUCCAUGAGUACUCUGCUGUCACCUGUUAGUUCACUUAGUGGACUAACUACUGUGGACGAGAAUGGCGGGGCUGCAGCAGCUCUCAAAGCAUUGACUGGCGAGUCUCCGCCUAGUUCUGAGUAUGCUGGUUCGGCUGAACAGGAGGCACCCGAAGUUUUCGAAGCCGUUGCUCUCCCGCGACCACGAAGCAUGCUCACUCGAGAAGAAAGAAUAGUCAAGGUUCGGGAAGAACGAGAACAAAAGGCUCUUGCCCGACAGCAUGUUGAUGCAACCAAGGGUAUGCUCCGGGAGCUAGAGACAGUUAUUAACCUACGACCUCGAACUCGUGCCAGCGCACCAGCAGGUCGGAUUGUGUCAAUGUAG